CGAGACAUUUACCAAACUUUAAACUGGAAACGACGCGACAAUAUAUUGCAUAAAAUGCAUAAAAAAUACCCCCGAUGUACUCUGUUCUUUACUCCAGGACCUUUUACUGGAUGUUACCUGUAGUCUGCCUAAACUAACAAAAGCUUCUGCGCAAUGACAAUCGAAAACAUUUAAAUAGGGUGCUACAUUUUUUUAGAAUAUUGUCAAAUUUGAUACUGAUACUGAUAUUUUCAAAUUUAAAAAUUGAUCUUAAAGAUACGUCACAUUCGCGGAACCAAGGCAUAUUUUGUACACUAAUCUUUAUAGAGAUGCUUGCUAGAAAAUGCACGCCGGCGCCAGGGGAGAGUGUAAAAUGUCUCGGAAUACCGCGUUCGGUUCACAAUUCACCAUCAGAGCCCACAGAGUGCUGUCGAACGAGGGACAGCAACAUAGACGACAAAUUUACAGAAAAGAUGGCAACGGAUAACUUGACUGCUGUUCUUCAUGGCAUUGAGGACUUGCGUUUGGAACAACGUCCCAUUCCGGAAAUAGCCAGCGAUGAGGUCCUCCUGGCCAUGGUCAGUGUUGGGAUCUGCGGUUCCGAUGUGCACUAUCUCACUGCUGGACGCAUAGGCGACUUUGUGCUGACCAAGCCCAUGAUCAUCGGACAUGAGGCUGCGGGCGUAGCGGCGAAGGUGGGAAAGUCCGUAAAGCAUUUGGCUGAGGGCGAUCGUGUGGCCAUCGAACCGGGCGUUCCCUGUCGCUACUGCGCCCACUGCAAGCGGGGAAAGUACAACAUGUGUGCCGACAUGGUGUUCUGUGCCACCUACGAUGGCAACCUUACACGCUUCUACAAGCAUGCGGCGGACUUUUGCUUCAAACUCCCGGAUCAUGUCAGCAUGGAGGAGGCCGCCCUGCUGGAACCACUCUCGGUGGGUGUUCACGCCUGGACAAAAAGACAAAUCGGUCUGGUCACUCUGCUGGCCGCUCAAGCCUUGGGAGCUUCUGAGAUUUUGAUCACAGAUUUGGUGCAGCAGCGUCUGGAUGUGGCCAAAGAGCUGGGCGCCACCCACACCCUGUUGCUGGAUAGGAAUCAGAGUGCCGAGGAUAUUGUCAAAAGAGUCCAUUGUACCAUGAGCGGGGCCCCUGACAAGGCCGUCGACUGUUGUGAGGCAGAGAGCAGUGCUCGCCUGGCAAUCUUCGCUACACGUUCCGGUGGUGUUGUCGUUAUUGUGGGUAUGGGAGCACCGGAGAUCAAGCUGCCCUUGAUCAAUGCCCUGUUACGAGAGGUCGACAUACAUGGCGUCUUCCGCUACUGCAACGACUACUCGGCCGCUCUGGAUCUGGUGGCAUCCGGUACAGUGAAUGUCAAGCGUCUGGUAACACAUCACUUUGACAUCACCGAGACGGCGAAGGCCUUCGAGACCUCCCGCUAUGGCCGUGGCGGUGCUAUCAAAGUCAUGAUACACGUCCAGCCCAGAGAUGCCAACAAUCCAGUUAAAUUUUGAAUAUACAUACUAGAAUCUAUAGAUAAACAUAGACUUUAUGGCAAUGGUAAUCCGUCAACUGCUUUCAGCAAAUAGACAUUCAAUGUAA